GGUACUAUUUACUCUUUUUAUGUAAAAUGUCGCCUCAAAAUUAUCGUUAAACAGUAAACCCCAACCUUUUAUAUCAUUUUAAUAGAAAAAACUUUACCCAAAUCUUUAUAACAAGUUAAUCGCUCCACAAUGUUAACAAGAAAAGUGAGAAACACUGUUUUAAAUUCAAAUUCUAACCUAAAAAACACAUUAAUUACAUAUAAUAAUAGACACUGUAUUUUCAGAUGUAAUUUUUCAAUAUGUUGUAUAAAAAACUUUUCUAGUGUUCAAAAAACAAUGAGAAUCAACGUUAUCACACUACGUUCUUUACAAAAAAGUCUUCAAGCUGUACCACGCACCUUGAAGGAUCAAUCUGAAGGAGUGUUAAAGGUUUGGGCUCAUCAGUGCGAAUGUGUUCUGGCACAGCGUCUCAGAAGAGGACAACAAAUGUUCUCGUUAUACACAAAACUUUGGGAAGAGCACGCAUUAAAGGAAUUUUUAAAUAAGAUGCGAAAACAUGUAACAAAAUGUGGCAAGGAGUUACUCGCGAGUGCAGUUGGUCUCACGUGUUACAGUUGGGAAUCGAAUCGUAUUACAAAUAAGGAUAUGGGUAAAUAUUUAAACGAAUUGGAUUACAUACAUAUAUUGGCAGAAAAAACAAUGACGUGCGAACAUUGCCUCAAUAAUGGUCAAACUAUUGCCUGUAAAUGUCCAAAUCAGUCUGCGAGCAAAAUAAAAUACGAUAAAUGGGUACGUUUCUUUGAAAAAGAAGAUAUGGUGGUGUGGCGUAAGGAAUGCGAUGAUAGUGGCAAUUACGAGUAUAAAGUGUAUGGCUCGUUCGAUGAUGUUUCAGGAGAAGAUUUUUUAAACGUUCAAAUUGAUACAGAGUAUCGUAAACGUUGGGAUAAUACCGCAGUUGUUUUAGAAGUAGUUGAAAAAGAUCCAACACCACUUUCGAAUAGCGAUGUUAUCUAUUGGGAGUUACUUUGGCCUAAAUUAUUCGUCAACCGAGAUUAUGUUUUUAAUCGGCGAUUUAUGAUCGAUAAAGAUAGUAAAACAAUUGUGCUUGUAAGUCGCGGCACUGAGCAUCCUGCAUGUCCGAUCAAACCAGAUAAAUAUAGAGUGGACACUUAUUGGUCUUACAUGGUAAUUAAACCGUUCACGGAACUAGAUAAGCCAGGUGUUGAAUUUAGCUUGACGUAUUUUGAUGAUCCAGGUGUAAAUGUUCCUUCAACAGUUACUACAUGGGUUGCCAUGCGUGCAAUGCCCGAUUAUUUAACACGUCUUAGAGUAGCAACUAGGGAAUAUAACAACUAUUGCGCACAACAUUCAACUGACUAUAUAUGCAAACUAUCCGAAUACCAAGAAUACAAAAGAACUGAAGUGCCUGUGCCCGAUCCCUCACUUUUGAUGUCUGUCAAUAAACAAGAAAUGAAAACACAAUCCGCUUUUGUAACAUCCAUUGAAAAUGCCAUCAGAUCUUGCGUUAUACACACUAAGGGACUUCACAUGACUGAUGAUAGCAAUAAUAAUACUGCCACAAGAAAUGCAGAUACAAAACCCAAUGUAAAUUCUCCAGCUGCCGAAAUUUUAAUUAGUCCAUCUGCAUCUUCACAAGCAGAGUCACCUACGUCCACAACAGAAUCUUGGAAAUACUUACACAAAAAUUACUACUUCACCUGAUACUUGUUAACUUGUUUAUAAUAUACUACUUAUGUAUUAUAAAGGUUUUGGUAGCUUUAUAAUAAUACGAUUGAACAAAA